AUGAGCAAUGGUGGUGUUACUGCUUUCCCACCCGAGGGACCGUCGCUUUACGGAAGAAAACCGGGAGGAAGUUUUUACGCCACAUUGUUUUCUAGUGGAAUUUCUGCUGGUUUUCGUUUUCCAGAGGCGCCUCGUCAUACUUCGCAAUUAUUGGUAUUUCUCAGCAAUAGCAUCAAUGUGGCGGGGGCUGCGGUUAUUGGAAUGGAGGAAAUGAUACUGAAAUCUGUCAGGGAUGUCCUUCAGGUAUAUAAUGAAUUGGGAGGUGAUGGGACCGGAACUGCGCCGUGCUUGCAUCAAAUUUCGUUAGAAAACCUUCGGAGUCUCGCUGAUUGUUUCGCGCACCGCCCGCUGUUGGGUCCCCGAGCAAUUGGAGCACUGCUUCGAAUGGCCGUUUUAGUUGUGAAAUAUGCGCCAUUGGAUGCACUCUGUGACGAGGGAUGUAACAUUCUUAACUGCCUACUGCAACUUCUCAGUUGCUUGCCACGCAGUACCGUUGAAAACGAGCCUUUGAGCAUCCUUCGCGUCACCCGCAUAACCAUUCGCAAUGCUAUGCGACGGAUAGGACCAUGUAUUGCUGGAACUGACGGGGAAACAUUCCAAGGUCGGAUUUGUGCUGGCGCUUCGGUGACAGAUGAGGCACUGGAGCGUGAUAUCAUUCCAUGGAUGGAGAAACAUUUGCUUCCGUUGCACAUUGUUACCGGUGACGCCGCCCGUGUUGAGUUGCGGGAGGAUCGCCACCUGGCACUCGCACUCUUAUCGUAUUUGCCUUUAAACUCUGCUGCCUCUUCUCAUCGUGUGGCGCUUCGCCUUGCUUUACUUUACCUUGCAGAAACAGUCGCAGCACUCUUAAAAGUGGAUGCUGCAGUGGGUGGUGUAGAGGGAACUGAGCGGGAACAGGCGUGCAUGUUUCUGAGGCAGGCGAAUAUUAAUUUCUCCAGUUAUUCAUCCGUGAAUGUCAACCUUCAAACUGAUGAGGAUGCGGCAGGCGGAUGUUGCAUAACGGAUGGGCCUCCCGUACCCGCAGCUGCUGUUGAGGACUUUUUGUUAGCUCAAGAGGCGGCGUAUCGUAGGGAUUUUACUCAAUUGGAACGCUGCAUUAACAGGGAACAUGACCUUCGGGUGACCCUUGAACGGUGCAUCGACGAGGCGAAGUUGAGGAGUGGCCUCCAAUGA